AUGGCAGAACUUCUGGGAACAGUCGUUGGGGUGGUGUCCUUGGGGCUUCAAGUCAGCGCAGGAAUCAGCACCUAUCUCGAUGGCGUCCAGUGCCGUAAGGAGGACAUUGGACAUACGACGAGACGUUGUAAAUCUAUGGACGCUUUGUUGCAGCAGAUCAAGUCACUUGAAGGUCAGCUUUCGGUAUCGACCGGCGCGAACACAAGUGCUAUGAGAGAGGCAAUGACGUCAGCGGAGAUGGAGCUCUCGAAUCUAGGCGACUUUACUACGAAAAUAUGCGCCGGCAACACUGCUCAUUCACCUGAUACGGCCAUUGAGAGAGUAAGAGAUCAGAAAAGUAAACUUCUAUAUCCGUUUCGAAAAGAUCAUUUGUAUCGCCUCAGCGCUCGGCUAGAUUCUGCAAACGCAGCCCUUCAGUCUGCCCUAGUGCAGGUUCAGUUGAAGCUUUCCGUAGAGCAUGGCCAAAAUUUACAAGGACUGAGGACGGGCCUCGAUUCACUAUCACAGGGCGUUUCUGAUAUGCAUUUAGACAUGCAGGCAUCUGUUCAGCAAAUACAAUCGAACGGAACGGCGUUGAAUUCAGCCCUGACAAACGUUGAGAAGAAUACUCAGGACAGCACCGCACUCCUAGAUGCUACUCGACAGGAGACGGUGCUGGUCAGGAAAGACCUGGACGAGGUGAAGAUAAUGUUGACGUCCCUGAUGUCCUCAUCUUCUGAUGGUAGAGCUGUCCUGCCGAGAUUGAUCUCAAAGCCGGCCGUUUUGAAGGAUAUUUGCAACCUUGCAGAAGACAGCGAAGAUGCUAAGUUUGGUCUUGCAGCACAUGAUCCUGAUCGUCCAGUAUCGAAACGUCGCUCCUUCCCUGGGUUUCAAUGUACCUGCAAACCACGUCAAGUGUCUCGACGUAUCAGAAAACAGAUCGGUGUGGCGUUUUGGGAGCGAGAAAGCCUGGCCGCCAACGUCCAUGCAUCAUCGUGCCCUUUGGCUAGGGUAUGCAGGAUAUCAAACGACAAGUGGUCCGUCGGCAUCUCGACUAGGGCAUUGAGAGGCGUCCUCUCUGCAGCUAUAACAUUCUCGAUGUCAGCUGCAUUCGGUGCAGGGGGCUUUGGCUUGUCGCCGUCUUUCACGUACUAUCCCAUCCGUAACAAAAGCCCAGCAUUAAAAGUUAUAUACCUUUUGCGGGAUGCUUUUAUGAUUGAGGGGUGGACGAACGAAGAUUGUAGCAGCCUAGUCGGACACGGCAUAGAGACUUUGCAGGCUAUAUUUACGGCGAGAACAUCGUCUCCCCUGGACAUAGACGAAAGUGGCAGGAGUCUUUUGGGAGCUAUGUCUUCUGUCGCAAGCGUUAAUCCUUGGGGAGGUUUCAGAAACAAAAUGUUCGCCUUUUUGGUCGAUUUGGGAGUUCCACGGGACCGACCGGAUGAGAGGGGAAUAUUUCCUUACAACUUUUACGUCAUACGCAUGGAAGCAUCCGCUCUCAUGAUGACCGUAGGAGCUCUCGAAGUUCUUUGGCCAGAUGAUGUUACUUCUCCCCCUACACCACGAGGCGAGAACGAGCCCCGAUUUGAAAGAUUUGUUGACGUGGAAAGAAUGAAACUCUUCAAGACGGUCGCCGCAGCAUCUUCAAAGAUGAAAACAGCAUAUGAAGGCCAUGUCAUGGGGGCUAUUGCCCAGCAAAGUAAAGAUAUGCUAAUCAAGGCAAUGGAAAAAGCCUCGUUUGUUCCGGAAUUAUCCGCCAAGGACCCCUUUGGCUGCAGCAUGCUGCAUUACUUGAUGGGAUGGCCUGAAGGCUUACAAACUAUGAUCGAACGAUACGGUUAUUCCACCUUAUUACAGCUGUCCCACCAAAGUCGAUUCAUAUUACUUGAAUGUGCUCUCAUCUGGAGUGGCGAAAUAUGUAUGGGCUAUGACUUGCGGAGCUGUCCGAAUGACUGUCCAUGUGCGCAAGCGGUAAAUCUACUCUUGGAGGCCCAACGGGAGUACCCAUUACAGCUCAAUCUUCAUGGGCACUGGCCAGACGCAAUGCUUCGCGCCUCAGUCAAAGCCAGAGAUCUGACUAUAUACGAGCUCAAAUCUCGCAGGCAGGGAUUGAAACAAUUAGCACUUCUUCAUUUGAACUCCCAACAAAUCGACCGAAUGGACCUAAGGAAGGACAGCGUUCUCGAUUGCUACACCAAAAAUGUACUGGAAACACUUGAAGACAUGGGCGUCGAUAUACCCCGCCGUUUUCGAACGGAGUUACACGUCGGGGACUGGCACCGACGAACCAUCCGCACGAGACUGGGACAGGACGUUAGCAGUAUGAUGAGCCACAAAGCUGCGUCUGUCUAUCACGUCUUAGGCUAUUCUCAGGCCUGUGGUGUUUCACUUUGGACCCAUGAAUUGGCAGACUCUUUCUACUCCAAAGGAUUUCACGAUGUUGACACCUUAGACAGCUCCGGAUUAAGUCCUUUGGCCGAAAAGUAUGACCAGCCAAACCUAGGAUAUGAUGGGUGGACCUGGGAAGCGUCCAUUGAGUCAUGGUUCACCCGACGUGGCGCGAAAUUUGGAAGGCAAAUACCUCCCUGCGUUACUGGGUAUACUGUGACCCAUCACGUGUUUGGGUUAGUUGGAUCUUGCGAAACAUUUGCAAAGGGCAAACGUCUAGUCCACAUGCUGCAUGGUCUUUUGAAAUUCAGCGGCACCUUUGAAUCGCAAAAGCAAGAUGCCUGCAAAUGCGCAUGCUCUAUCAACGGCUGCAGUCCUUGUAACCGUAUGUGGAAAAGAGCUUUGGAGAUUCGCAACUUUUGUGCCUACAGGAGGGGCACCGAACACGACCGAAAGCGCACGACGAACUUCAUCUACGAGCAGACUCAAUUGAUAGAGGAAGCUUUUAACAUCCCAAGGCAUAUAAAGUAUGCUUGGUUACGAGCAUGUACCUUCCAUAUGCUGCCGCUUCGGCAUACCUGUUGCAUCAACGGCUCGCAAAAGCAUGAUCACGAGGAAGUCUUUGAAAUCUGGCAAGAGGACGAGCUUGAGCUAAACCAUCUAGAGCUCCUCCUAUCCGAGUUUGAACGCAAGAUGGAGGAAUUGGACUGCUCUUUGUCGGAGUUCUAUCGAUUGUACUGGAACGAUAGAAUGCUUGAGGUGCUUCGCAAGAUGGAUGAACAGACCCUCACUUCUCAAGAGAUAGAAGCCGCACAACGUUUGGGCGUCAAUCUGGUCGCUCAAGAUGCAACGACGAAGAUAACGGUCACUGAAGACAGGUAUUGUCUUGGAUACUGGCUUCAACGGAUGGAUGAGGUGCUAGAAGGUUGA